UUUCCCUUUCCUUUUCUGUUAUUUACAUCAUGGUUGAUAAAGGACUUUAUUCAGACUUAAAUAAUCAUCCUCUAUCUGAGGUGCAAAAUAGAAAAGAAUCAAUAAUGACAAAGUCAUUGAGUGAUGAAGAUAAAAUACAAGAAGCAACAAAUACACUUGAUAAACUCAAAAUAACAGAUCAAAAUAGAGUAUUUAAAAAUAUUUUACCUGAAAAUAAUGACCUGGAAACUGAAGUAGAAGGUGCAUAUCAUUGGCAUAUUAAAGAUUGGAAAGCUUUAAAGAACAAAUCCCAUAGUCCAAUCUUUCACUUGAAUGGAUUUCCUUGGCGUAUUUUAUUGUUUCCUAGAGGAAAUAGUCAAACGAAAUCUCUUUCUGUUUAUCUUGAAAUUGCUAAUCCAAAAGAACAUGGUAUUCCUGACGAUUGGCAUGUGUGUGCUCAAUUUACACUUGCUAUAUCUAAUCCUGAAGACCCUACUAUCUAUUUCACAAACAGUGCUAAUCAUCGUUUCACAGCAGAGGAAGUCGAUUGGGGAUUCACGCGUUUUUAUGAUAUAGAAGAACUUGAGCAAUGCACAGUUACUGGUAAAGGUCCUUUUAUGGUCAAUAACGAAAUGAUUGUUUCAGUAUUUGUUCGAGUUGUGAAAGAUGAAACUGGAGUCCUGUGGCAUAACUUUGUCAAUUAUGAUUCUCGCAAAGAAACAGGUUAUGUAGGAAUUAAAAAUCAAGGAGCUACUUGUUAUAUGAAUUCUCUUUUACAAUCCCUUUAUUGUACAAAUCAAUUCAGAAGGGCAGUCUAUCAGAUACCUACUGAAAAGGAUGAACCUACCAAGUCUGUCGCACUUGCUCUUCAACGUUGCUUUUACAAUUUACAAUAUGCUUCAGACCCUGUAGGCACAACUGAAUUGACUAAAUCAUUUGGUUGGGAUUCGUUAGAUGCAUUCAUGCAACAUGAUGUACAAGAAUUUAAUCGUGUCUUGCAAGAUAAUUUAGAGGAAAAGAUGAAGGGAACUCCAGCGGAUGGUGCUAUUUCUAAAUUAUUUGAAGGCAAAAUGAAAAGUUACAUAAAAUGUAUUAAUGUCAAUUUUGAAUCUUCAAGGGUAGAAGAUUAUUAUGAUAUUCAAUUGAACGUAAAAGGAUGCAAAGAUUUAAAGGAAUCGUUUGAUAAUUAUAUUAUGGUCGAGACAUUAGAAGGUGACAAUAAAUACAUGGCAGAAGGGUAUGGACUUCAAGAUGCACAUAAAGGGGUUAUCUUUGAAACCUUUCCUCCUGUUUUACAUUUACAAUUAAAGCGUUUUGAAUAUGAUUUUAUGAGGGAUACAAUGGUGAAGAUUAAUGAUCGUCAUGAAUUCCCCGCUGAAAUCAAUUUAGACAAGUAUUGUUCAAAGUCUGACGAAGAUGGGCCAUAUGAUUAUGAACUACACGGUGUUCUUGUUCAUAGUGGUGAUAUCUCUGGUGGUCAUUAUUUUGCAUUAAUUCGACCUGAAUCAAAUGAUAAAUGGUUCCGCUUUGAUGAUGAUCGUGUAACACCUGUUUCUAAAAAGGAAGUCUUUGAAGAGAAUUUUGGUGAUGAGCCUCUUCGAGAUAAUCAUUCAUCUUCUCUCUAUUCUAAUGGUCAUAUGAGAGUGAAUAAUGCUCGUAUGAUAAAACGAUUUACAAAUGCAUAUAUGUUGGUUUAUGUUAGAAAGAGUAAAUUGAAUGAUAUUUUGGGUCCUGUUUUAGAAACAGAUAUUCCUCUUCAUUUAAAAAAACGUUUAGAUGAUGAAAAGGCAAUAAUUGAAAGACGUAGACAAGACAAAGAAGAUAUGCAAUUGAAUGUAAAAGUAGCUGUUUUAUCAGAUAAAUCAUUUGAAGACUAUCAGGGCUUUGAUUUAGCUACUUUAGAUGAUCAACGUUUAGAAGUAUCAUCUCAGGUAGAUGUAUUCAAGAGGCCUAAAUUAGAAAAGUUGAAUGUAUUUAAACAGCAAUUAGCAGAACAUUAUCAAUUGGAGACGGAUCAAUUUAGGUUAUGGAGUGUUAUUUAUCGUCAAAAUAAAACAAUACGUGUUGAACAAUUGAUUACUACAAAUGAAGAACGUUCAAGUCUUGAGAAGCUAAGAGAACAAUGUUGUGUUGAAGCUUUACAUACUGGAUUUACAAAAUUAUAUUUGGAAUUGGCUGAUGAAGAUCAACCUUUACCUGUUAUUAAAAAUGAUCAAUUUAUUAUAUUUAUAAAGUACUUUGAUAUCAAGGAACAAAAGAUGAGAGGCCUUGGUCACUUAUUUGUUUCUUUAAAUGAUAAAGUCAGUCAUAUUUUAUCUACUUUGAUUGAAAGAGCUGGAUUACCUAAAAAUACUUCUAUUCAAGUAUAUGAAGAAAUUAAACCUCAAGCUAUUGAUAUGAUUAAGAGUGAUCAAACAUUCCGCAAGGCUGAACUUCAAAGUGGUGAUAUCAUUUGCUUCCAACGAACAUUAUCUCAAAAAGAAGCAUAUGAAAUGUCGAAAAAGGGAUUUAUUACCUCUGUUCCAGAUUAUUAUCUUUCUCUCUAUAAUAGAGCUUGUGUCUUAUUCAAGCCAAAGCACAACAAUACGAAUAAGCAUCAUGAAGAAAUUAAAUUAAUUCUCGAUAGAACUUCAAAUUAUAUGGCCAUUGCAAACAAACUAGCAAACGAAAUCCAAGUAGAUGCUAAUAAAAUUCGUUUAACUUCAUCUCAUGCUAUCACAAAUCAACCUCGAGACGUUAUUCAUUACAAGUCGGGUAUGCGAUUAGAUGAAAUGUUGAUUCACUUACCUAAACCAUUGGAUUAUCUUCAUUCUGUUAACAUUGAUACUUUAAAUGCACCUGUCAUGUAUUAUGAGGUGAUGGAUGUGAAUAUUGCUGAUUUAGAAACGAAACGAUCUAUUGAGGUCACUAUUAUUGGUCCUACAUUACGUAAGGAAACAAAGGUGACAGCUCUCUUACCACGAACAGGAUCUGUACAUCAAUUAUUAGAUCAAGUAAUUACAAAGGGUAAAAUGGAUAUCAAGGACCCUAAUCAAAUUCGAUUGUAUGAAGCUGUUAAUGGUAAAGUUACAAAAGAGUUUUCACUUGAUCAAACUGUAGAUAAUGUAGGAUGUGAAAAAUCAUCUAUUGUGUAUGCAGAGCCUAUUCCAAAAGAUGAAUUAGACAUGGAUUUAGAUUCAGAUCGUCUUAUUCAAGUAGUUCAUUAUCAUAAGCAUCCUACAGACUUUCAUAGCAUUCCUUUCCGAUUCGUAGCUAUCAAGGGAGAACCAUUUGAAGAAACCAAAAAGAGAUUACAAAAGAGAACAGGAUUAGGUGACUUGGAUUGGAAGAAAGUAAAGUUUACGAUACUAAGAAAUUUGAAUGCUCCUGUACCUCAUGUUGAAGUCAUUGAUCAACCUGACUUUGAAUUACGUAAAGCACGCCUUCAAGAAGAAGAUGCCCUUGGUUUAGAUCACAUAGAUAAAUCAUCUAAAAGCCGUUUUAAUAAUGUAUUUGAAAAAGGUAUCUUUAUUAGAGGUUAAACACACACACACACGCAUCUUUUGUGUAUGUAAUUUCUCUUUUUAAUUCUUUUUAUGUAUUUUAUAAUAAAUGUAUAAUAAUAAUAAUAAUGACAAUAAGUAAUUAUGAUCUUUGUUCCCUCCUCCCCCC